AUGUCGACUUCUCGUUACGGCUGGUAUCUCCCUCCGCUCGAAAGAGCAUGUCCAAUGAAGCACCUUCAAACGAGGCUUCGUGAUCCUUCGAUAUACGCUUCGGAGCAUUAUGUCGCCCCGUGGCAGCAGCAGAUAGCCGAGCGCAAUGCUCAAGCGUCACCACUCCUACGCCUGCCCGCCGAAGUCAGGAACUUGAUCUACGAGUACGUCCUAUGCAACCUUGUCGUCCACAUCAGCGUUCGCGAUGCUGUGGAUGAGGGCCGGGGUUGCUACAACGUCGAGGACUACUACGACGACCCUCGCCGCAAACCUAAGCCUUCAGACAUGAUGCUCACGUUCGCCAACAUCAUCUGCCAACUCUCUCCAAACGCCCAAGACAAAGCCUACGAGCUGAGCAAACAACCCAACCCCGCCACCUCCCCAGUAACAUACUGCCUCGAGCACGGACCCUGCUACACCAAUCUCUCCCGCCUCAAGUUCUCCUCCACUUCCUGCGAUGUCGUCACAUCAUCUCACCUCCGCCCCCUUCAAUUGAGCUUGUCCUGCCUGCGAACCUGCCGCCAAAUCCACCACGAAGCCCACCUCCUCCCCUACACGGACAACGCCUUCGCCUUCCACGAGAGCGAAACCUUCAACCUCUUCGUCCGCACCCUGGCACCCGCCCAACGCGCCGCCAUCAAUACCAUCCACAUCGAUGGCUUCAUCUGGUCGCGCAAAUUGCUCAAAGCCCUCCACAUCCCCGCGAUCCGAUCCCUUACCGGCCUCCGCACGCUCCACUUCACAGCCUCGAAUCUCACCGCCUACCUCUCACCCAGGACCUUGUCUGCCUUGAACGAGGGCCUUCGAUCAGAUUACCGGGGUGUGGGGCGAAAAGCGCUCGCCACCGAUCCGGUCCUGGCCUUUCGUGCGCUGCCCAACCCGGCGAUCAAGUUCAAAGUCACGCAUACGUGCGGCACGAAGGAGCUCCAACACACGGCCGACCAUGCGAGGCGAAGAGUCGAGGCGGAGCAUUGGGAGAAUCUGCUGACAAUGUGUGACAUGCCGAUCCCGGCUCUCGUGUCACUCAAGCGGAAGCUCAAGGAGUCUGACUCAGGGGCUUCGACGGCCAGUAAGAAGAAGGCCAGGGUGAAGAAGGAUGUCGUGAAGAGGGAGGGGCCGAAGGUGUCUUGA